ACCGAUGCAUAUUCCUCCAAGCUUGAAGUUUGGGCCCAAAGGGGACGUGGGACUUGCGGCCAAGUCAUGAAAGACACUCCGAUCUCCACGGUGACUUGGAAAGAUUAUGGUCGUCCCUACACAAUCCAAGCAUAUAACAAUACUGGGAAGACCAGUGGAACGAAUAUAGGAGUUGCAUUCGCCUUCCCCAGAAUUAAUUCGAACACAGUUGAUGGGCUAAGACAACAAGCAUUAAGGAUCCUGCCCAAACUACAGACUCAAACUAUAAUAAACGAUGGUUUCGAUAUGCAAAAGGCAAUGUUUCUUUGCAAUCUUCCUCGUUUUAGCGACGUGGGCAUAUCAAGUUACUUCUCGUGA